AUGGCGGGCAUAGGAAAACAGCCAAACAAUGAUGAUCCUCCCACUAGACCCGUCUCUUCUCUAUUGUCUCACUUCGAGAACCUUGCUCACCGCAGAGCACCCUCUGCGGUGACCGCUAGCCCGCGCACCUCCGCAAACCACCUAAGCUCCGAAGCAACUGAUGAUCUCCGGUCAUCUACUCGUGCUUCCCUUGACUUACCCCGUCCGCAAUCUCCAUGGACUCCUGCAGAUGAGGGGCCGAACCAGUUCGUUCAACUGAACGGGGAUCGGACCCGGAAUCGCGGACUGUCCGAAAGGCGAUAUGGCCGGCCCAUCUCCAUGAACUUCAACCGUUCAUCGCCACAGCUUCCUCCGACGUUGGCGGUACACUCCCCACAGUCGCCUCCUCGAAUCCAAGACCGUGACGAUGUUUGGCCGCAACAGGAAGACACUAGGAAAGCUCGAAGCCCAGGGCAUCGUCCAUGGGAACCAACAUACAAUUCGCCCGCACCGCCUCGCCCUUUGUCUCCGGUCCCUAAAUUCGGAUCAUCCACUUCUGGAGCCUAUAAUGUGCCCCAGACAUCCCUUGCGGCUUUGCGUCCCAGUCUCACGGGCAGUCCGGCAGACCGAAAGUUGAAGAGCGCUUCGCUCCCACCUCCGGCCAACCGCGCGUCGAAACCCAAAAUUCCAGCUAAACCGGCCAUGUUUUCCCAUCCGGACACAAGUACCCUGGCUCCUCGGCCAGAGCGAGCUUCACCCGAUCCGAGCGUCUCGCCUUUCAACACGCCUCCGAGUAGCCCGGAGAAGUCUCCGCCUAAGCCAGUCUCCUCGACCAAGAUAAAUUAUAGACCGCCACCAGCUCGGCCAACAACAGAACCGCCUAGUCGGCGUUCAUUCGACGACCGAUCUCCUGUCCCAGCACCCACUGCUCGGCAUGAUGCUAGAGAGAUGGGAUUCUCAAGAAGUCGUCCUGUGCCGGAGCCCUCAAGAGCAUCUAAACCCUUGAUGGUUCAAAUCCCUCCUGCACCAGUUGAAUCUCCACAGACUGCCCCUGUAGCACCACCUCUUUCCGCGCAGAGACUGCGAGCCAGCGAUAGUCCCUACAAUCGCCCUGGGCUCCCUCCGCGGCCCUCUGGGACGCCACAAAGGACUGGGUUUUCUCCAGCUAGAGAGCUCCCUCAGCAUGUAAACAGUCCUUCGCAGAUGACCCCAGUUGCUCGGUCUGUACCAUCUGUCCCACGCAUCAGCGAAACUUCAGCCCCUAAGCCUAUCCAACGGCAACCGUCUCUACCCCGCGAACCUCAACUCUCUUCCUCUCUUCCCGAGCGGCGCAUUGUGCGUGUUGAUACCGAGGAAGAAGAGCAGGUAGAGGAGCCAGCUGUCUCGAGGACAGACUAUCCCGAUGCCUCCAAGGCAAACCGACGCCCGCCCUAUCUCAAAACCGGUCCUCAGGAGAUCCACACGAGAUAUGAUACCCGCUUGCUAGCUGUAUGCGGCAAAUAUGUCUGCACGACUGGAUAUUUGACCAAAGUGUGGGAUCUUACCACGGGCGAGCAAGUGAUGAGCCUCAGCCAUGGCGAGACCGUGAAGAGCUUGUCUCUUGCUUUCAAGCCAGGAAAAGGCCUCGAAGACGAGGGAAACCGGAUUUGGCUCGGUACCAGCGCUGGAGACAUACACGAAGUGGACAUUCCAAGUCAGUCGAUUGUCGCCACUCGAUCAUACCCCUCCCGGCGAGAGGUGAUUCAGAUUUUGCGGCAUGGAAAAGAAAUGUGGACAUUUGACGACGAAGGCCGGCUACUCAUUUGGUUGCCGGACGAAACUGGCACACCUAAUCUGCAAUACAGCUACCACAACGCCCAUGAACGCGUAGCCCGUGGCCAUACAUUCUCACUGGUAGUUGGAGAUAAGCUGUGGCUGGCAGCUGGAAAGGAUGUAUACAUCUAUCGACCCAGUGCGAAUGACGAGACUUCAUUCAAGGUCUUUAAAAGACCCAUUGGGCUACAGUACUCUGGAGAUGUGACUUCUGGGACUUAUAGCACAAGAGAUGGCGGUCGAGUCUAUUUGGGUCAUGCCGACGGCAAGGUCACUGUGUAUUCUGCGACAGACUUCACUUGUUUGGCAGUGGUGAACGUCAGCGUUUAUAAGAUCAAUUGUCUUGCCUUUGUUGGCGACUAUCUCUGGGCUGGAUACAAGACCGGCAUGAUCUAUGUCUACGACGUUACCACUAAUCCUUGGACUGUGAAGAAGGAUUGGCGCGCUCAUGACAGUCCUGUUUCCAGUUUCGUGUUGGACACUAGCAGUGUAUGGACCAUGAAUCGUCUACAAGUGACUUCUCUCGGUACCGACAAUUGUAUUCGUCUCUGGGAUGGAAUGCUUGAAGACGAUUGGCUGGACGCACGGAUGCAGCACAGGGAUGUGGAGUUUUGCAACUUCCGAGAGAUCAAGACUGUCGUUCUGACUUGGAAUGCUGGCGCUGUUACUCCUGGCAGUGUGAAGACAUCUGACUUCAUCCGGAACGCUGUUACUCCAGAGGACCCGCCCGACAUUGUUAUAUUUGGAUUCCAAGAGCUGGUUGACCUCGAGAAUAAGAAAAUCACUGCUAAGAGCCUGCUUAUGAGCAGCAAAAAGAAAGAGAGCGGCGAAAAAGAGCAUAUGAGCCGUCAGUAUCGAGUCUGGAUUGAUCAUCUUACUCGCACUCUCCAGGAAUGCAUGCCUUUGGAAGAAUCUUAUGUUCUUUUGCACACUGCGAACAUGGUGGGUUUGUUUACUUGUGUUUUCAUCAAACACAAAGAACGACACAACAUCAAAAACGUCAGUGCUUCGGAGAUCAAGCGCGGAAUGGGUGGUUUGCAUGGGAACAAGGGUGCUCUUGUCUUCCGCUUUGUUCUCGAUGACAGUUCGAUGUGCUUUGUAAACUGUCAUUUGGCAGCUGGCCAAACGCAGACCGCGCAUCGGAACAACGAUAUCGCCGCGAUCCUGGAAGCUGAAUCUUUGCCUGCUGAGAGUAAUCUUACUCUGCGGACAGAUCAGUUCGCCAGUGGCGGUGAUGGAUCCAUGAUCAUGGAUCACGAAGUGUGCAUAUUGAAUGGAGACUUAAACUACCGAAUCGACACAAUUCCUCGGAAUAUAAUCAUUGACGCAGUCCGCCAAAACAACCUCGCAAAACUCUUGGACAGAGAUCAACUGCUUCUCUCCCGGCGGAAGAACCCCGGUUUCCGGCUCCGCAGUUUCACUGAGCGGCCCAUCACUUUUGCGCCGACUUACAAGUACGACGUUGGCACAGACGAGUAUGACUCUAGCGAAAAGAAACGUUCUCCUGCCUGGUGUGACCGCGUUCUCUACCGUGGCCUGGGCCGCGUCAAGCAGCUUGAUUAUCGUCGACACGAGGUCCGUGCCUCUGACCACCGGCCAGUCAGUGCAGCCUUCAAGAUUCGGGUCAAGACAGUACUGUCUCAAGAACGAGCUGUGACGUGGGAUUCAUGCAGUAAAGAGUUCCAGGAAGAGAAGCGCCGUUUGGCUUCUGAGGCCAGUAUCGAGUACCUGAUCAAUGUCCUCGGCACCGAACCACGCCAAGCUCGUGCGUUGAUCAUGGGAAAAGCUCAAUGA